AUGACCGUGCUACGGCAGCGCAAGAAGUGGGCUAGCAGCCUUUCCCGCUCGCGAACCCCUGUCCCCUUCACAUCCUCGAUCACGAACAUCUCUCCUGUUGCAAAGAUGAGGUCCUUUAGCUGCCUUCUUGCCUCUGCCCUUGCCAUCGUCGCCAUCUGCGGCAUGCGCCAGCAGGUGGCCUGCGACACUGGUUCGGUGCAGAAGCGCCAUACCCCUGCUCGCCUCGAUGCCCGCGCCGAGGCGGCAUCUGCCGAUGCCAUCGAGCGUCGCCAGCAGAAAUUCUAUCCCUACAUCUACUCGCAAGAGUUCAGCGUCCAAGGUGCGCCGCAAAUCUCGAUGUGCUACUCCGUACAGCCCGUGUCCAGUUGGCACUGCUCCCCCAAUGGGCCGGAGACCAUCUACCACACUCACGAGUUCACGUGCAACAUGGAUCGCAACGUGUUCUGCAACCAGUGCAAAGCAGACACCGCCAACAAGAAGCCCAUCAACUGCGAUUGA